AAAAACAGCACUCAUGAGGUAAACCCAGUGAGUUAAAGGUGCAAAUUCUCCAUAUCAAUCCAGCUUUGGACCACAGAAGAAGAGAUAUGUCUUCAUUACAAAUUCUUUGCUGUCAAGCUAUUAGUUUUGAAAUCGGGAAAUUUCCUGAAAGUAUCCUUGAAGAUUUAAAUCAACCCUGCCUAUGCCUGCUGGUCCAGCAUUUGUGUUUGAUUGAUCUACUCAAGCUAAGCCCCUUCCUUAAAGCAAGAGAUAUCCCAACAGAAGCUGUUGUCAACAAUGUGCAGAGGUUACAGUUCAAGCAUGUGGAUGCCUAUCCCAUCAAAGAUGCCACUUGCCCACAUUUGCUCAACUUGUUCCCUCGGGACAGCUGGGACUGGGCCCUGUCGCGACUGCUCUACCGACGCCUCAUCGUCCGCAUGGUGGAAGAGCGGAGCCAAUGUUACAAAGAGGGGACAGUCCCUUCUGCUUCAGAACUAUGGAACGGAAUACCUGACAAGCACACUGAUGUCUUUGAGCUGUUCUGCCCCCCGUCCUUGACAAUCUGCCCACGUGUGAAAGAGAAAAUUCUGGAAAGGUGGUCUCAACGAAUGGAACAGUCACUUCAGAUUGCUGCUGAGAACAUUUACUACAUAAUUGUGGACCUCUCUGUGUGUCAACUACUUAUGGACUGCGCUUAUAAACAUGUUUUAGAGAAGUUUUGCAAGUCCUUGAAGGCUUUAUCAUUACUCAUCAAAAGUUCUCUGGAAAUUGUUGACUUUGUGAGAAAGAUGAAAGAGAGAGCUACUCACCUAGAGAGGAUUUGUAUUUUUGCCAUCAAGGAUGAAGACAUGGAAUACUUUGACUCCAUUUUAUCUGUUUGUAGUGGUGUAAGGAACUUUUAUUCGACCGCAGAAGGUCAGAAAAUGAUGAAGUCUGUUGAUGCACUGCUGAGUCCGACCAAUGAAAUGAAGGACUGUCACAGGCAGGAUGAAGACUCCACCACGGAAAGUGAGGAAGUCGACAAGCCUGAUUUUGAUCUAAUGGACGAUGCAGUUCUCUUCAGUACCCCAAAUCAGCCCAGUGAUGAUGACAGUAGUUCAGGCAUGUGUAAAGCUGACUUCAAAGUGACUAAUCUGGUCACCAAAAGGCUCUACGUAUCUGUUUUGAGCCAUCACUUGGACCACUGGCUGGCCUUGAGAGAAUUGCAUCUAGGAGUGCCAGAGCUUCAACCAAAGAUCACAGCUAGUGUGUGCAGCCUGAUCCAACGGCCCCAGUUCAAGAGCUUUACUUUGUCCUCUACUGAUUUCAAAGUCAACGAAAUAGAGGAAAUCCUUGUGGCUGUCGCCCUUUAUAGAAAGUCGAGCCCGAUGGAAAAGUUGAUGUUUGUCAGCGUUGUCACCAAGUGGGAGAAUGUGGAGGACAUCAAUCUUCAAGACCAGCUGCCUGGAGAAAAUGAUGAAGCUAUCGAUGCUUUCUUAGCUCAAUAUGAAUCUCAAAGGCUGUCAAAGUUCUCAGAAUUCCGCGGCACAAACCUGCUGGAGUGGUACUCGUGCUCCCUGGGACUGAGGACCGAGUGCCUGAUCCGACAGUACCUGACCAAGGAUCGCGCCCUCACCCGCGUCUGCUUCAGCAACAGCCUGACUCGACGCUUCUUGACCAUCACUCUGAAGACGGUCACUUCUCUCCGUAUGCCCCUUAACCAGGUCAUCAUAGAGGACUGGCGUGUCCUGAGCACUGAAGACUGUCAGAUCCUGGUUGGGUUCCUGCGCUCCGUCUCCUCCACACUGGAGAGCCUCAACUUGUCCAACUGUGUCCUCAUGAGGGGAUAUUACUCCAUAUCAGAUGUAUGGGAUGCCUUGUGUGAGUGCAAGAAGCUGAAAUGCCUGGACUUAUCAGCUAACCGAUUAGGAGACGAUUUACUUCCUCUUGUGCCCAAGCUGAUGUGCCAGACAGAUCUGCGAGAGCUGAGCGUGAGAAGGAACAAUAUGUCUAACGCCACCACAGUGCGGUUUCUCAAAAACUUCUCCUCUCUGGCACUACCCAGGGGUAGGAUGCUCGAUAUCUUAGACUUGAGAGGAAACCAGUUUUCUGAAGAGGAUCGCAGAAAGAACCCCGGCCUCCUACAAGAUGUGGCAAAGUACAUCCUCCUCAGCUCAAGUCAGAUCGAAUUUAUGCAAGGAUAGACAAAUCUAUAUACUCAGAGAGUGAGAAAUAGAGGAGAAAAAGAAAUGAAAAAUGUAUUUAUAUGUGUAUUUGUAUGUGUUUCCUUCUAAGAACACUCAUGUAAGUACCCAGUCUGCAAAAGAAUACACUUUUACUUACCACGUAAGGGAAUUUUCUUUCUAUGAAAGUAAGAACCUGUUCUAAAAAUAGAAAUCUGCCUAGGAACCGAACUGGAAGUGUCUACAUUCUCUAACAUUAGAGAUUUACACAAGCUGUCUACGUUCUCUAACGAAUCAAAAUUAAUAGUAACAAGCCUGUAUUUGAACUUCCAGAUGAGGCGGGGGCUUCUUUUCAAUCAUUCUUUUUUUUUUUUUUUUAAAUUGGUUUGCAUCAUGUUUUGUCUUUAGGUCUACAUCAUAUUGGUCCGCAAGUUCACUCAUUGGGUUAUAUUGGGUUAUUUCUAUUUCACAGUUGGUUCUGAUAAGAGGGGUACAAGCGACUGAGGGUUUGAUUUAAGGGUCUCUUGAAGGCCUAGACCUAAUGUUGAUAUGACUGACUUGACCUUGACCCAAGUGAUUUGAUUUCAUGACAGUGAUGUCACAUCACACACCCCGAAUCGACAAUGUUUCUCCAGACAUUUGAAUUUAUCGCAUGUAAACUGCAAGCUAGCCUAUCUUCUAAAUACUAAUUACAGAAGGCCUGAUCUUCAGUAUACACAAUCUUUGCUAACAUUAGAGAAUGUGGACAGCUUGUAUACGUUCUCUAACGUUAGAGAAUGUAGACACUACCAAACCCAAUUUGCUUCAGCUGAUUUCCUAUAUUGUGUGCUGGUUGGGGGUGAAGGGAGAGGUGUUAGUGUGGACUAGUAGGUGAUGAAAUCUACACACUGCGAAAAUGUUUACAAAGAACGUUUUUUUCUUAAGCACCCAUGUAAUCUCUACCGAGCAAGUCAAUGGCUUCAUGGUUUUUUAUUAGUGCAAUCUUUUGCUGUUUUCUCACAGUCAAAGUGUCAUAUUGUAUUAUAAAUGCUGGUUCAUUCAUGAUCAUUUUUUGUUCUUUCACUUGCACGAGGUUGCAAUUAGACCUAGUUUUUUUUCAUAAUUUUAAUAACCAAUCAAAGCACAGGGACCGUGUCGUUGGGGGGGGGGGUAAACUCACUCUGUAGCCUCUGGAUCUCACUUGCACCCAAACAACCCCCACCACUCCGACAGGCAUACGCACUUAAUUGAUUUUUUUUCUGUCUCUGGAUGACCAGGUUCUUAGGUAGAAACCAUUGUGCAAUGUGUAUGUAUGUAUAUUUAUAUAUAUAUAUGUAUAUAGAAAGAGAGAGAGAGAGGAGAAGGAAACAAAAUAAGUGUGUUUGUGUUGUGAGUGUGGUUCUCUAAACGUUUCGCAAAUUUCAUUUUCUGUGCUUUUCACCACGAGAGGG